AUGUCCGACCGCGUCGACGCAACUCCUACGCGAAAACGUGCUAGAAUCGAAUCAAACAACGCCCUGCCGCCCCCCACGCCUCGUCGCGCCUACUUUACGGCGAUCCGUCGGGGUGGGGGCACUCGAGAUAUGUCAUGCACGGAAUGGAGUCGGGCCUGCGUAGAGCUGCUUGGCGAUAUAGUAGACGGUGCCAGAAGCACGCUCGGUUGGACCAAUGACGGCGAUGCAGUAGCAGAGGUCCUUAGCGUCGCUAAAGCACUCAAGAACACACUACGCGAGAUCGACAGCAUGGUGUCGGUUGACGAUGACAUCUUCAUGUCCCAACCUAGCGCGCCCGCCCCGGCCCAAGAUAAAGGUUUUGACGGAUUCAAAUCAGAGAUUAAGGAUCUCUUCCUCAGCCUGGAGGCUAAUCUCUCCUCGCGGAUUUCAAAUGUGGAAAGGCGGCUCGGAUCUGUCCCACUCCCUUCUUCCGUCCCCAACUCAACCAAUAUCACGCCCACCUCACGGCCACAAGCCCCCACCCCAUCGUCGUAUGCAUCAGCUGCUAAGUCAGCUCCUUCGAGUCAACCCAAGCCAGCCCAGCAACCUAAGGCCGUCGGCCUGGCCCCGGCUUCGAAGUCAAACACAAAGUUCGUUGUACGUUUCCGAGGUCGCCUACCCCCCGAAGCCGAACGCAAAUCCUCGCAUGUUUUAUUCCAUGCUCUCAACCACGCUUUUAGCAAUAAUGCUGCCGCUCGUAAUGACGGCUUAGAAAUUCUUGGUGCGGAAUGGAACCGCAGCGGUAACAUAAUUCUUACCUUCCCCUCCCACGUUAAUCCAAACACUGUAUAUAAUCAUAUUAAUCUGUUACAUCCCAUUGUAGAUCACGGCCUCGACGAGGUCAUAAUAUCGCACGACACGAAAUGGUCCAAGGCAGUUUGUUCGAGGGUACCCUCCGUAGGCUUUGAUGGCCAUUAUUGGGACUCCAAGGCCCUUGGUGUCCUCCUCAGGCGCAAUCCAAUCAUCAAGAGCCUCAAAAUAACCCAGGAGCCUCGCUUCGUGUCCAACCCAGCCGAAGGAUUGCCCCCAGUCGCGCCAGUUGUCUUCGCAUUUGAGGACCCGGAUGGAUCAAAACUUAAAGAACUAUUCAAGACCCCCAUCUUCAUGGAUGGGCGCCACACCCCGGUACGUCCUUGGAGAGAAAAGCCCAGGCUGACCCAAUGUGAUAGAUGUCAAGGCCUCGGCCAUACGGCAAAGCUAUGUGCCAAGCCGCAUGUGUGUGCUAAAUCUCAUGUAAAUGCACGCCUAAGUGUGCCAACUGUGAGGGUGAACACUGGGCCACAGAUGGCUGCUGCCCGGAAAAGCGCAAAUUCGUCCCUCGACUUGAACCAUGGUAUGGCCGCAUCGGAUUAG